ACGUGAAAAUACACGUGUAAACCCUGGCGUUUACGGAAGAUGAAAGACAUCGACAUAGGAAAAGAGUACAUUAUACCCAGUCCUGGGUAUAGAAGUGUAAGGGAGAGAGCCAGCUCGGGGCAGCAUGAAGAGCAGGAAGGGUCAAAAUUUCAGCAUGCCAAACAUAAGCAGGUUGAAUGCCAGGAUGCCUUGGAAGCGGCGGCUCGCGCAGAGGGCCUCCCCCUGGACACCUCUGUGCACUCCCAGCUGAGGAUGCUCGACGAGGAGCAUCACAAGGGCAAAUACCACCACGGCCUGAAUGCGCUGAAGCCCAUACGGACAACUUCCAAACACCCGCACCCUGUUGAUAAUGCUGGGCUUUUUUCCUGCAUGACCUUCUCCUGGCUCACUCCUUUGGCCCACAAAGCAUACAAAAAAGGGGAAUUGUUUAUGGAUGAUGUGUGGUCUUUGUCAAGGCAUGAGUCUUCAGAUGUCAACUGUAGAAGGCUGGAGAGGUUGUGGCAGGAAGAACUGAAAGAAACUGGACCUGAUGACGCUUCUCUCCGGAGGGUUGUGUGGGUUUUCUGCCGCACCAGACUCAUCAUUUCCAUAGUGUGUCUGAUGAUCACGCAGCUCGCAGGUUUUAGCGGACCAGCCUUCGUUGUGAAACAUCUCUUGGAAUAUACACAGCAGAGUGAGUCCAACCUGCAGUACAGCUUGUUUUUAGUUUUUGGCAUCUUUAUGACGGAAAUUGUGCGAUCCUGGUCCCUUGCACUAACUUGGGCUUUAAAUUACCGCACGGGGGUUAGACUGCGUGGAGCUAUCUUGACUAUGGCAUUUAAGAAAAUUCUCAAGCUGAAGAAUAUCAAGGAGAAGUCUCUUGGAGAGCUCAUAAAUGUAUGCUCCAAUGAUGGUCAAAGGAUGUUUGAAGCUGCAGCAGUUGGCAGUUUGUUGGCUGGGGGCCCUAUUGUGGCCAUCCUGGGAAUGGUUUAUAAUGUGAUCAUCCUGGGUCCAACAGGCUUCUUGGGCUCUGCUGUCUUCAUCCUGUUCUACCCAGCAAUGAUGUUCGUAUCGCGCCUCACGGCUUAUUUCAGAAGAAAAUGUGUAGCAACAACAGAUGAGCGCGUGCAGAAGAUGAAUGAAGUUCUUAAUUACAUUAAGUUCAUUAAAAUGUAUGCCUGGGUUAAAGCAUUUUCUCAGAAUGUUCAAAAAAUUCGGGAGGAAGAACGUAAAAUCUUAGAGCGUGCAGGCUACUUCCAGAGCAUCACUGUGGGUGUGGCUCCCAUAGUUGUAGUUAUUGCCAGUGUGGUGACGUUUUCUGUCCAUAUGAUCCUUGGCUACGAUCUUACAGCAGCUCAGGCAUUCACAGUGGUUACUGUCUUUAAUUCAAUGACUUUUGCUCUAAAAGUAACACCUUUCUCAGUGAAGUCUCUAUCUGAGGCAUCUGUGUCUGUUGACAGAUUUAAGAGUUUAUUUCUAAUGGAAGAGGUUCAUAUGAUAAAGAAAAAACCAGCCAAUCCUCAAACCGCGAUAGAGGUGAAAAAUGCUACUUUGGCUUGGGACUUCUCCCACGCCAGCGUCCAGAGCUCACCAAAGUUGACCCCCAAAGUGAAAAAAGACAAGAAAGUCGCAAAGAGCAAGAAGGAGAAAAUGAAGCUGCAAAGUGAGGGACAGCAAGCUGUGCUGGCAGAGCAGAAGGGCCAUCUUCUAGUGGACAAUGAUGACCAUCCUAGUCCUGAAGAGGAGAACAAAAUCAUCCACCUGGUUAACCUUCGGCUUCAGAGGGCUCUCUACAACAUUGACUUGGAGAUAGAAAAGGGAAAACUUGUUGGAAUCUGUGGUAGUGUGGGGAGCGGAAAAACUUCACUUAUUUCAGCUAUUUUAGGACAGAUGACCCUGCUGGAAGGCAGCAUUGCAGUAAGUGGAACAUUUGCUUAUGUGGCCCAGCAGGCCUGGAUUCUCAACGCGACACUUAGAGACAACAUUCUGUUUGGAAAGGAAUAUGAUGAAGAAAGAUAUAAUACUGUGUUGAAUGGUUGCUGUCUGAGACCUGAUCUAGCCAUCCUUCCAAAUGGAGACCUGACAGAGAUUGGUGAACGAGGGGCUAACCUGAGCGGAGGCCAGCGUCAGAGAAUCAGUCUGGCUCGAGCACUGUACAGUGAUAGGAGCAUUUAUAUCCUCGAUGAUCCCCUCAGUGCCUUAGAUGCUCAUGUGGGAAAUCACAUUUUUAACAGUGCAAUAAGGAAGCACCUGAAGUCAAAGACUGUCCUCUUCAUCACGCAUCAACUUCAGUAUCUUGUUGAUUGUGAUGAGGUGGUUUUCAUGAAAGAAGGCUGCAUUACUGAGCGAGGAAGUCACGAAGAACUGAUGAAUUUAAAUGGUGACUAUGCAACCAUUUUUAAUAACCUGCAGCUGGGAGAAACACCACAUAUUGAGAUUAAUAUAAAGAAGAACACAAACAGUUCACUGAAAAGACCUCAGGAUAAAAGUACCAAAGCAGGGUCUGUGAAGAAGGAGAAAGUUGUGAAGAAGGAAGAGGGCCAGUUGGUGCAGCUGGAAGAGAAAGGCAAAGGCUCUGUCCCCUGGUCUGUCUAUGGCAUCUACAUUCAGGCAGCUGGAGGCCCCUUUGCAUUUCUCAUCAUCAUGGCACUCUUUGUGCUGAAUGUGGGCAGCACAGCUUUUAGCAACUGGUGGCUGAGUUUCUGGAUCAAGCAAGGCAGUGGAAACACCACUGUGACGUUGGGAAAUGACACUGUCUUGAGCAACAGUAUGAAAGAUAAUCCUCACAUGCAUUACUAUGCUGGCAUCUAUGCUCUGUCCAUGGCAGUCAUGUUGAUCCUGAAGGCGGUUCGUGGCGUUGUCUUUGUGAAGGGAACUCUCAGAGCGUCCUCAAGGCUCCACGAUGAACUCUUCCGACGGAUUCUGCGUAGCCCCAUGAAAUUCUUCGACACUACACCAACAGGACGGAUUCUUAACAGAUUUUCCAAAGACAUGGAUGAAGUUGAUGUUCGCUUGCCAUUUCAAGCUGAGAUGUUCAUCCAGAAUGUCAUCCUUGUGUUCUUCUGUGUGGGGGUGAUUUCUGGAGUUUUUCCCUGGUUCCUGGUGGCAGUGGGGCCCCUCGUUGUCCUGUUCACCAUUCUGCAUGUUGUGUCUAGAGUUUUUAUCCGAGAGCUGAAGCGUCUGGACAACAUCACACAAUCUCCGUUUCUGUCACACAUUACAUCUAGCAUACAGGGUCUCUCCACAAUCCAUGCCUAUCACAAAGGACAAGAAUUCCUGCACAGGUAUCAGGAGCUGCUGGAUGACAAUCAGGCACCAUUUUACCUGUUCAGCUGCGCGAUGCGCUGGUUGGCUGUACGCCUGGACAUUAUCAGCAUCGCUCUCAUUACAACCACUGGCCUUAUGAUUGUCUUAAUGCAUGGCCAGAUUCCUCCUGCCUAUGCUGGGUUAGCGAUCUCAUAUGCUGUACAGUUAACAGGAUUAUUCCAGUUUACAGUCAGACUUGCUUCAGAAACAGAAGCUCGCUUCACCUCAGUGGAGAGAAUUGAUCACUACAUCAAGACUCUUUCCUUGGAAGCUCCGGCUCGAAUUAAGAAUAAAGCUCCUCCUCUGGACUGGCCACAGGAAGGUGAAGUUGUUUUUGAAAAUGCAGAGAUGCGGUACCGAGAGAACCUCCCUCUAGUGCUGAAGAAAGUGUCCUUUACCAUCAAACCAAAGGAAAAGAUUGGCAUUGUGGGACGGACGGGCUCAGGGAAAUCUUCUCUUGGAAUGGCACUCUUUCGUCUGGUUGAACUGUCUGGAGGGUGCAUUAAAAUUGAUGGAGUGAAAAUAAAUGACAUUGGUUUAGCAGAUCUUCGCAGCAAACUCUCAAUAAUUCCUCAGGAACCUGUGCUGUUCAGUGGUACUGUGAGGUCAAACUUAGAUCCUUUCAAUCAAUAUAGUGAGGAACAAAUCUGGGAUGCUUUGGAAAGGACUCACAUGAAGGAGUGUGUUGCCCAGCUGCACAUGAAACUUGAAUCAGAAGUGAUGGAAAAUGGGGAAAACUUUUCAGUCGGGGAGAGACAGCUACUGUGCAUAGCUAGAGCUCUGCUGCGUCGCUGCAAGAUUUUGAUACUGGAUGAAGCUACAGCUGCUAUGGACACAGAGACCGAUUUACUCAUCCAGGAAACCAUCAGAGAGGCAUUUGCAGACUGUACUAUGCUAACAAUCGCUCACCGCCUGCACACCGUGCUGGGCUCCGAUCGGAUCAUGGUGCUAACACAAGGACAGGUUGUGGAAUUCGACACGCCAUCCGCCCUGCUGGCCAACGAGAACUCGCGCUUCUACGCUAUGUUUGCUGCUGCGGAGAACAAGGUUGCUGUCAAGGGCUAAAAUUCAGGGCAAAGUCACUUUUAUUUUGGAGGGCUCCACUCCCUGCCUGUGGCAGGCCAGCUCUUCUUACUCUUUCUCCUCCAAGCAGAUUAUUGCCUUUUCAUGUUUUAAUUUUUAGCACAGUGUGUCAAAGCCAGAGAGUUUUUAAAACCCUGUUAGAAGAAUUCUUCAUGGUUUUAUUACUGUAUUUAUUCCAUAAUCAUAUUACUAAUUUUUUUUGUUAUUAAAUGCACUCUACAAAUGGCUCAGGGAGCCAUAGUUAUAAAUGUAUCAGAGGCCUAUAAUGAAGCUUUAUACGUGUAGCUAUAUCUAUACAUAAUUCUGUAUAUAGCCUAUAUUUACAGUGGAAAUGUAAGCUGUUUAUUUUAUAUUAAAAUAAGCACUGUAUUAAUAACAGUGCAUAUUCUUUUCUAUCAUUUUUGUACAGUUUACGGUACCAGAGGUCUGGCUUUGUUAUCAAACUGUAUCAGACACUAUUUUGUCUCUUACAGUUGGUCUUUUCCUAGUGCCAGAUUUUCUGUGUGUCUGAGUGGAAGUGAAGCUUUGCAAUAGUGUCUUUUAUUGUCCCAUCAUUGUUGUCUAGCGCAGAGGAGAAGAGCUCUGUGGUGUAACUCUAUUGCAUUGUAAUUUAUCAAAGCUAGCUGGAGCAUUGCUAAUGUUCACCUUGGCAGCAGCUGCCGCCGCCCAUGAUGCUUUCCCAAAGCAGGGUUUUGGUGAUCUCUUCAGUGAUUUGGGGGAGAGAACCACUUUUGGGUCAUGUUAAGGCCUCAUUUUCUCAGUGUCCUGAUACAGUAUUUCUUACUGUAUCAG